GACCGCUUUUGGCUGCGAUUGAUGCAAAAUAUUUGAAAUUAAUAACUCCCAAUAGUAAUUGAAGACAAUUUAGGAAUUGUCCAAUCACAUCACUCACCGUUGCGGGGGCUUUUAAUUAUAGGAAACAAACUUAUGUGAGAGUUUAUAAGUUUAUAUCCACUUGUAUUGAGUGAAUUAGUUUAUUUUAUAAUAGCACUUGGUUUGUAGUUUUAGACCUUUAUAAGUAUGAUCGUGAAUAUUUUGUAAAUUAGAAAGUGAAUUGAAGUUUCCAACAAGAAGUGAAUAAAGAAAAACUGUAUUUAGCGCGACUCAUUGAAUUUGGCUUUAACUAAAGCAGGCAAUAAGUGGUAUUAUUUGUCAUAGUCAAUAUAUAAUGGAAAAUAAAACAGAUUUCAACUAUCCCCAUACUUUUAUCUUAUUGGGCGCAUCAGGGGACCUCGCUAGGAAGAAAAUUUAUCCAACAAUUUGGUACUUAUAUCGAGAUAAUCUGCUCCCUGAAAAAACUAAAUUUGUUGGUUAUGCUCGUACAAAACAGACAAUAGAGGAAGUGAAGGAAAAAUGCAACAAGUAUAUAAAAGUACGCCCAGGUGAUGAAGAAAAAUAUGAAAAAUUCUGGGCAAACAAUGAUUAUAUUGCAGGAUCAUAUGAUAAGAGAAUUGACUAUGAACUCCUUAAUCAGUCUAUCACAAAAUAUGAAAAAGGACCAGUAGCAAAUCGAAUUUUCUACCUUGCUGUUCCUCCUACUGUCUUUGAAGAUGUCACUGUAAAUAUUAAAAAUGCUUGUAUAUCUAUAAAGGGCUUCACAAGGGUAAUUAUUGAGAAACCUUUUGGCAGAGAUGACGAGAGUUCUAAUAAGCUGAGCAAUCACUUAGCUGGCCUUUUUAAAGAAGAGCAACUUUACAGAAUUGACCAUUACUUGGGGAAAGAAAUGGUUCAAAAUCUUAUGACAAUAAGAUUUGCUAAUCAGAUAUUCAAUCCCUCCUGGAAUAGAGAAAAUAUUGCAUCUGUCUUGAUUUCUUUUAAGGAACCGUUUGGUACAGAAGGCAGAGGAGGGUACUUUGAUGACUUUGGUAUUAUUCGUGAUGUAAUGCAAAAUCAUCUUCUACAAAUCCUUUCAUUGGUGGCCAUGGAAAAACCAGUGUCUUUGAAUCCAAAUGACAUUAGAGAUGAGAAAGUUAAAGUCCUAAGGCAUAUACGACCUAUAGAGCUUGAUGAUAUUUUGAUUGGCCAAUAUGUAGGUAAUCCUGAUGGUAAAGGUGAAGAGACUCUUGGGUAUCUUGAUGACCCUACUGUGCCUGAAGGGUCUGUGACACCGACAUAUGCUUUGGCAGCACUACAUAUCAAUAAUGCUAGAUGGCAAGGAGUACCCUUUGUGUUGCGCUGUGGCAAGGCUCUAAAUGAAAGGAAAGCUGAAGUAAGAGUACAGUUCAGAGAUGUUCCAGGUGAUAUUUUUGAUGGUCAUGCAAAGAGAAAUGAGCUGGUUAUUAGAGUGCAACCAGGAGAAGCUUUAUAUUUGAAAUUCAUGAGCAAAUCUCCAGGUAUGAAGUUUGACUUGGUGGAGACAGAAUUGGACUUGACAUACAGCAUGCGUUAUAGUGGUGCUGAUGUUCCUGAUGCAUAUGAGAGAUUGAUAUUAGAUGUUUUCACUGGAACUCAGAUGCAUUUUGUACGAAAUGAUGAAUUGAAGGAGGCUUGGAGGAUCUUCACUCCUGUUCUUAAAAAGCUUGAAGAGCAGCAUAUUAAACCCCUCCCCUAUGUGUAUGGGUCACGGGGACCUCAAGAGGCGGAUGAGAGGCUGUCUAGCUAUGAUUUCAAAUACUCUGGUUCUUAUAAGUGGAAAAAACCAGCAACAGUGGAAAAAUCUUAAUUUCUUUCAUCACAUUUUUUUAUGGUGGAGGUUUGUUUUAUAAUGGUGAUAUUCUGUUGUAAUUUAAGAAUAAGAAUAAUACUGAAAUCACUUUUAAAUGCUUUUUACAUCAAUUCAUUCCAUUUUAUGCCUAUUGUUUACAGACUGGUUUUGUACUUGUAGGUCAUUUAAAGGUUAAAUGAAGUCUGCUUGUGAGGAUUAUACUUUUAAUAUUUAUUAAAUAAUUGCAUAUACAUAUAUCAAUGAAACUAAUUAAUGAUAAAGAUAAUUUAUGGUUAUUCAUGAUUGUGGAAGUGCCUUUAAUAUUUUGGUGAUUGUUGAUGAAAUUGUUAAAAAUAACUUUGUAACAUAGCUGUGAUAAUGUUAAUCCUACUCAUACACAUAUAUUAGACAGUGUUUAUUCAAGUGUGACAUGUUUCAAGUUUUAUUAUUGCAGAGGUCACUUCGCCUCACCUUGGUACAAUCUGUUUGUGGUCUAUUACAAUUUGACAUAUAAGAUUAAGUUAGGUUCAUAUUUUACAACUUUUUUAAUGGGUACUUAAUGCAUUCCAGUUACAUUAAAGAUAAAACAAGCGUGAUUGAUUAUAAAAUUUGUAUGUUGUGAACUUGUGAUAUUGUUUAUUAAUUUCUGGUGGGAAAGUUUAUCGGUCACUUAUCAGAACGAGGUAUAGAUAUUAUGCAGUUGUUAAUUUAAACUGACACACAUACCUAUUGAGUGAUACUCAUGUUAUCUUCAUUAUGUGUAAAGUGGCUUUUCUGAUUAAACCUACUUGAAAGUUUAUCAGAUCAGAUAAUAUAUUAUGAAAUAGUAGAAUUAAAGACUGGUCAGUAUGACAUUCCAAAAUGUGGUGUUUUUUAUACUUAUAUUUAUCAUCUAGUGCCAAUCAUUCAAUGAUCCAGAAAGAUAAUUAUUUUAAUAGUUUCACACGACCACCAUUUUUUAUUAAUUAUAAAUAAGAAAAGCAUUUAUAUGUAUACAGAACCUUAAUAUUAGCAAUACUCUGUUAUACUUUGUUAAAACAAACCAUAGCAAGCUAAAUUCAUAAUGUUAUCACAGUGUUUAUAUCUUUAUCGCUAGUACAGUGAGCCACAAACAAAAGAAGUAUACCACACCUUAGAUACUUCUACAAUAUGAACAUAAUAUACAUUUCUAAGAAGCACCCUGUACAUGACAAAUGGAUAAUAACUUGAUGAAAGAAACUAUCGUUAUAAUCUCAAAUGAAAUAUGUACAGGUAGAUAUCUCUGGCUCUUCCCACUCACAGUUGUAACUGAUUUUAAGUUUUUUCUUAAUAUUCAGGUAGGUAGGUAUUUGGAAUAUUUGGUUUGUUAUUAACUUCAAAUAAAUUUCAUUGUUCAUUGGUACAACAAAAUUGUAUACUACUUACACAUAUAAUAAUUUCUAUUGUGUUAACUUGAUUCAGUGCUUAGGUAGGUUAUACGUAGCAGUAACGUUUUUUAAACCUUAUCAUGAAUAUUUAACAGACAUAAAUUAAAAACAAAAUUCUUGGAAUUGUUGAAAACAUGUCUUCCUAACUGACAAUAUUUUCAUAUUUAUUAUUUGGAUUAAUAAUUGUUGACUACUUAUUUAUUAAAGGUCAGGUUAAAAUAUCA